UAAUGAGCAAACUGAAGAAUUCCUUCCAAAACGUGGAGAAAUAAUUACGGAGAGAAAGAGUUAAUUAAAGAAAAAAUAAGACUAAUGAACGACACGUAAUUAAUAUGAAAACCCGACAACUACUUAUUGAAGUUCAUGCGAUACAGUCCAGCAGUCAAGAAACCAUUGUGUUGUGUGUUGCCUUUAAUUAGCAAAACGUCCAGAAGUUUCCGGGUUGUGCAUAGUUCGAUAACUUUUUAUUAACAUAACUGGCUCCUUAUCAGAGCAUUCCUUGAGAUUGGAAUAAAAAUAGAUAUUCAAAUUGUAACUUAUGACAUUUCCUACAUGUAGUCAAGAUCAUGGACUGGCCCUACCUUAGAUGUAGUCUUAUUAUUUUUCAUUUCAAACUGUGUUUACUUUGCAUAGGAUGCGUGCAUUUAAGUAACUCGAAUGAAUUCAGGGUCGUGUUAAAUCCAUUUAAGCAAACAGAUUGUAUAACCAAGUGCCAGAAUGGCUUGCUGGCCAAUGUUGAUCGCUUAGUUUUAUCUGGUAAAAUUUACGUUCAAGCCCCAGCUCCACCCAUGGGAACUGUUGCAUCAAUACAGUUAAAACUCGAGGAAAGCAAUGAUCCCUCUAAUCUCUAUAUUGCACCUUUAGACAGUUGCUUUGGUCAUGGAUCGCACACAGAAUCAUUUUACUGUGAAAAAACAGACAGCGCUAAUGUCUUUCACGUGUAUCUGAAUAUGUCAGCGGAUGUUUCGCUCAGCGAGAAGGAAGUCGUAAUACGAGUAUUUACUGAUGAAAACUCGCAGUUAGGAAACUUUGUCAAACUACCCAAAAUAUACAAUUGGUGGAAUGCAACUUUAACCCUCAACGGUCACUCAUUGACAAACGGUUGUUCGGGUAUUGAACUGGAGAAAGACACUUCAGAAAUAACGCUUUGCUGUAAGAACAUUGCAUCUCCUUGUGACGCUAUCAUACAUCACAUGGGCGUGACCCAAGUCAAAGCCAAGGACUGCGUCAGAUAUACGAUACCUGAAGGGGCCAUAAAGGACUUCACCUUUACCUCCGAGGCAUGCGGCCAACCUAACUUGGCUCAUUCAUAUAGAUGCCAAUUAACACCAUUACAAACUGGGAUGGAUAAAGAGUCCGGCAGUAAUGACAUAACAUUAAAACUCAUUGUCCCUGUCAGCGGCGUUGUGCUUUUUAUCAUCAUGUGUAUAUACUGGAUAUACAAGCAUUUUUUUGCUGGCAAAAAGAACAAUGAUAUACUCUAUGAAAGUGACAGAACUAAAUUCAAACAGUAUUGAUCAAAGUGCCCCAGUCAAGUAGGCUUAACAUUGAUGACAGUUAUAUCAUCAAUAGCUCUUUUAUACUUAACAAUUCAUUGUAAAAGAAUACAUCAAAAUGUUUAGUGAUUCCUUUUUAAUCAAGGAACAUUUAGUCACUACUUCUUAUACAGGUUGGUGGGAGAAGCAUUUUGUAACAAUAAUGUAUUCAAGCAAUGUUUGGUUACGAUAUACAAUUGAAACUGCUGAGAAUGUUUGAACACAUGAUUGCAAUCAGCGUGUAUAUAAGUUAAAAAGUGAAAUUGUCAGUAUGUUUAAUAACCAAUACUAGUAGUAUUAGUACCAGUAUAUGUAACUUAAUUUAACGGUACAUUGAACGGUUUUAUAAAUUGUGUAUACAUGCACGAUUAUAUCAGUAAUGUAUAUGAAUGAUACUGAUAGUGUAUGUAUGAUAAAUGUGUUUAUAAAUAUUUAUUUAAACGUAUAUAUGAUGAUUGAAUCACCAGUUUGUGUAUGAUAGUAUUAAGUAUCAUCAUGUUUAAAGUUGUAUUAUUGGAGGAUUAUGUAUGCUAAAUGAUUGGGUAUUUAUUUUACUAUAAAUUAUUGUAUUGUGUACAUGAUAACAUUUCUAUGAUAAUCACAAGAUUAUGCAUGAUAAAUGAUUGCAUUAGCAGUGAAUGAAUUAAUGAUGGUAUCGCAUGUAUGUGUAUAUAUAUAAUUAAUGAUUGCAUUACCGAUGUGUGUGUGUGCAAAAUUAAUGAAUAAAUAAUUUGAAUAUCUUGUCCACCUUGAUGGACAAGACGUGGGGACUGUGAGAGAGACUCGCCCAGAACCGAGAUGCGUGGUGGAAGCUGGUUGGUGGCUUAUGUCCAAGAAGGGACCGCGGACAGAGAUGAGAUGAAUAUUUAAUGAUUGAGUGAUUGGAAUGUGUAGCUUUGAUAGAAUCUGACUGAACUGAAAACAGGAAGUAUAAAAAGUGUAAUCUUAUUUGCAAUUACAACAAAAGAUAAGAUACAACUAAUAUUUGGUUGUCUUUGUCCACAUUAUUAUAUUCCUUUGCUGUUUAUAACAAAUGUUACUAGUUUAAUAAACUUUCUUUUAUUCUAAGAUUGUGUUACUUAAACAUGAGCAGCUUUUGGAUGAAAUGAUCUAUGUUACACAAAUUUUUUUAAAAAUAUUUUUUUUACUGGCAUACUAGAAUCAUCUGCUCCUAAGGCUGCAAGAUUCACCAGGUGAAGGGGAUUGAAACACGUUUUCAAGACCUAUCUUUAUCUAAGUACAAUUAAAGUAGCUGGUUGUCGUUCUAGCAACAUAACAAAACUUCUGUUUAAUCCUUAGGCCACAAAAAGGCAGCCUGCACCCUGUUUAUUGUUUAUGAUAUGUCAAAACUAAUUAUGUAACAAUAUAUAGUAAUCAUGUUUGUUUACUUAUUUUGUAUAUCUCAAAAUUUUGAAAGACAAGUAUCAUGUCAAUACACAACAUCGAUAGAGAAAAUAAGUUUUAUGUUUCAUUUUAUUCACUAAAAUUUUUUUUAAAAAGUCAUCUCAUCAAAUGUAAAAGGUAAUAUAAUAUAAUUAAAAAAAGGUCUAACUGUAAUUAUAACAGAAAACUAUGAAAAAAAAUGGCAUUGAAUAUGAAACCUUAAAUAUUAUAACAAUAUGCCGAAUUGUAAAUCUCUGACCAGAAAUGAAGAAGUGUUCAAUAUACUUGUAAAACGUUCCACUGUGAACAGAAUACUAUCAAAAUAAAAAUGUAAAAGCACUUAUAAAAUCAUAAGGGUAUUAAUGAACUUAAAAACAUAAAUACUGCAUGUAUAUUAGGAAAUGAGCACCUGAAAUUUAUUGAACUUAUAGGAUUAAUUACUAACAACUUUUGAUGUCACAUAAUCUUGUCAUUCAUCAAAAAAAACAGAAUAAAUAACAUUGUUAUGACAUUGAGUGAAAAUAAGUUUUGAAGUUAUUUUUUUAUUUAAUGCUAUAUAGGAAAUUUCCCCUUCGGCAGUUCAAAAUGAAAUACACUUGUGCUCUAAAAGCUAAAAAUUAUACCAUAGCAAAACAAAAAAGUAAUGUGCAAUAUUAUGGUGCAUUCGGCAAUAAAUUAUUACAGUUUUUAAACUUUCUGAUUUAGGGGAUAUAUCAAGAUUUAGAAGUGUUCAUUUAUGUCAUUCCAUAUAUUUUUUUCUUUAUAUUGGUGACAUAUCACAUCGGUUUAGUCUAGGUCCAACUAGGUAAAAGUUUAGACAGGUGAUUAGAAAGAAUGAAAAGGUAUACACAAAGUUUUUAAAAACAUUGUCAACAGUAAUAUUUAUGCAUAUUUAGACUUUUAUACAAGUAUUAAUUCCUUGUGUAUAAUGAAUGUUUAUUGAUAGAUUUCACAUGUCUUACUUUUUAAUAAGACAUGAGCUUCUUAAUAUUAUGUUUGGUAACUUUAAAGGGUAAUUUUGAAUUACGUUAAAUAAACUUGUUUUUUUUUACAUUUUCAUUGUAUAUUAUUUUAUUGUAUGAUUUUAUGGUAAAUAUAAAAUAAUAUAGUUUGAAAUAAAGUUCAUUAAUUAAGUCAUCGUUGACACAACAAUGUUUCUUUUGAUACCUCAAUAGAUGGGGGGGGUGGGUGUCAAGAUGAGCAUCAUGCCCAGGGUGUGACUGGCAAAGGGCUGCAAAAUGGUUUCCAAGAAAAGUUAAUUAUCCUAAGAAAUCGUAUUAUCUUGAUCUCUUUCAGGAAUAAACAAAAAUUAUAAUAAUUUGA